AUGGAUUCUGCAGACGGCGCAGUCUCUCCGCCAGCCGAAGUGAUGUCUAUUGCAUCACCGAUUAACCUGAUUCUGCUCUCUCUCUUCGUCGUCGUGGUCUACCUGCAAUUCCGUCCCAAGGCUCCCGUCACGCUCCCUUCAGGGCCUCCCCCAGUCGUCUUCCGCACGUUCACACCCUCUACUUUGCUCCCAUUUGAUGGGAACGAUGAAAGACCUGUCUAUAUCGCCGUACGCGGCCGCGUCUUCGAUGUCACUCCUGGCAGAAACUUCUACGGACCGGGCGGACCUUAUGCGAACUUUGCCGGUCGGGAUGCGAGCCGCGGACUCGCCUGUCAGAGUUUCGAUGAAGAGAUGCUGACCAAGGAUCUCAAGGGACCUCUGGACGAGCUCAAGGAUCUUGACGAGGAGCAGCUAGAGAACCUCGCAUCUUGGGAGGCGCGAUUCACGGAGAAAUACCUUGUUGUUGGAAAAUUGGUUGCUGAAGGUGACCUGGAGGCGUCCAAGGCCUCGUAA